AUGCACCCUUGGACCCCCACGCCACGCGCAGCCACGGCAAGUACCAACGGCGGUGCUGCUCCCGCGACUUGCAAAUGCAACUUCGGCGCAGAGGCCUCGUUGGGUCAGCCACAGCAGGCGUACAGGCACACGAAACUCAAAUCAGCCCCCAAGCCUACAGUACUCAAGUUCGAGCCGGACCGGCCCACCGGGAACCGGGGCGAGUUGUGCGACACCGAUCCCACUGCCGCGUCGUCAAAGAGCUCGGGCACUAUCCGGCGGCCCAAAGAGGGUCGACGGGGCCACCCUGGGGCGCAUGAUGACGACAUUGGCGCCCCGCUGGUGGGCAGAAAAGUUGAGGGCCACGAUGGGCCACGGUCACGAUACUGCCUGGACUUUUAUUCCGCCAGCCUGCGCGGAACUCCGAGGAGAUUGAUUACUACGUCGCGGAGAGUUGGGAUCGGGACUGUCUGGGCCAGGCUCAAUGUUUUGUCGGGUCUCCCGCCUGUCCCCGGGUGGCGUUAG